GGGUGCACUUUGGUUAGCAGCCGAUAGGUGUCGCUGUCUAAUGACUAUGCAAUGGCGGCCUAAACAAAAAUGGCCGACGUUUGAAAUUCUGCACGACAGGACCAAAAGUUUCACUGACUGACGUUGAGAAUGAAAUUGUUAAAGCCAAGCUGGGUAACUCACGAUGGUAAACCCAUCUUCUCCAUCGACAUCCACCCAGAUGGGUCCAGAUUUGCCACAGGAGGGCAGGCCUGUGUGAACUGUGUCCGCUGGUCGUCAGAUGGACGCUACCUGGCUUCUGGUGGGGACGACAAACUCAUCAUGAUCUGGCAAACUGGAAGGUAUAUGUGUGGCCACACUACGGGCCCACACUGGAGGUAUGGACAUGUAGUUAACAUUGAACAGUUUAGAUGUGUGGCCACACUACGGACCCACACUGGAGAUAUCCUGGACCUGGCCUGGUCACCGCAGGACGCCUGGCUGGCCACCUGUAGUAUCGACAACACCAUCAUCGUGUGGAACGCACAGAAGUUUCCAGAGAUCAUCUCUAUUCUGAAGGGCCACACAGGGCUGGUGAAGGGGGUUACCUGGGACCCUGUAGGGAAGUACCUGGCCACACAGUCCGAUGACAAGAGUCUGCGAGUGUGGCGCACAGUAGACUGGCAGCAGGAGGCCAUGGUCACCAAACCAUUUGACGAGUGUGGAGGUACCACCCAUGUGCUGAGGUUAGCGUGGUCUCCUGAUGGACAGUACAUUGUGUCAGCUCAUGCCAUGAACAACUCCGGACCGACCGCACAGAUCAUCGAGCGACAGGGGUUCAAGACUUCCAUGGACUUUGUAGGACACAGAAAGGCUAUAACCGUAGUUAGAUUUAACCCCAACAUAUUCCAGAAAGUAGUCAACAAGGCCAGCGGGAAGAGCCAACAGUUCUCCUGCUGUGCUAUCGGCAGUCGUGACAGGUCCCUCUCUAUCUGGUUGACAGCCCUGAAGAGACCUCUGGUGGUGGUACACGACAUGUUUCAGAACUCUGUCAUGGACAUCUCAUGGACCCCUCUUACCUCUUCCAGGGGGAAAAGUGGUUUUGAGCUGCUGGUGUGCUCCUGGGAUGGCACCGCUGCGUACGUGGAGUUCACUCCAGAGGAGCUGGGUACCCCUCUCACACAGGAUGAGAUGAAUUCCCUUCACCAAAGGAUCUAUGGGAAGAGCAUGGCUAUCUCCACCCAGCACACUGUUAACAACACCAUCAUAGAGAACCCUGCCAUGCUGAAGCUCCAACAACAGCACACGGAGCACAGGGAGAAACUGGCCGCCAACAAACAAGUCAACGGGACCCCCACCAAGAUCAAGAACCCCAUGCUCACCAGUCCUACUGAAAAACCUAACCCAAAGGCACAACAGAUAGAAACCAGGACUCCUGAUGGCAGAAGAAGAAUCACUCCUCUAUGUAUUGCUCCUCAAGUGGAUUUUGGGGAUAUUCCUCGUCCCUUCAUGAGCAGUUCCCUCCCCAUGUCUUCCACCGGGGUGGCACAGUCCGGUCUGGAGUCGGCAGGAACUCCCAGGACCUCCGAGCCUUCCCAGAGUUCCCCCUCCUCCCAGCAUGCAACAGUCAAGCCUCUUGCUCAAUCCAUGUUGACAUCUGUACCGGCAUCCAUUCCAGCAAAUAUUCAGCCCAUGAAAGCUCUGGACUCCAGGUUUACCGAGAAGUCAAAGGCCACGAGCGGUACAAAGGCACAGUCAAAACCAGACAAAAUCACCCCGACCACGAUAUCUACGGCCAGGCAGAAGGAUUCGGACAGACCCCCCGUCCAGGACGCCUCAGCUCCAGGGCCGACACUCAUCGCAAAAAGAAAGUUGGACGGCCUGUCACAACCUGGGACCAAACGGAUGCGCAAGGACAAACCAGCACUGAUGGCACCAGCAGCUCCUACACAGGUGACACCAACCAUACCCCAGGACACCAUCACCAGAUCAGCCCCACAGCCCGUAAUGCUCCGAUCUCCACCUGCUGAGAAGAACAUCAGCCUACAGGUGGGUGGAGAGGAGGAAACUAUGGUUCUGGAGCUGGAAAACAACAUUCAAACUGCAGGUGUGAAAUUAGCUGGUCUGAAAUGCAGACGAGGAGGAAAAGUGGAGUGGGAGACUGUACUGGGCACCAGGGGCACCCUGUUAGCUGGCAGCAGGAAGGUGCUGUGUGUCUCCUGUGAGGACAGAUCCCUGUGUGUACUAUCUCCCAUGUGUGUCUAUGUGUACUGUACAGGAAGGUGCUGUGUGUCUCCUGUGAGGAUAGAUCCUUGUGUGUACUAUCUCCCAUGUGUGUCCAUAUAUGUGUACUGUACAGGAAGGUGCUGUGUGUCUCCUGUGAGGACAGAUCCCUGUGUGUACUAUCUCCCAUGUGUGUCUAUGUGUACUGUACAGGACGGUGCUGUGUGUCUCCUGUGCAGCAUAUCCCUGUGUGUACUAUCUCCCAUGUGUGUCUAUGUGUACUGUACAGGAAGGAUGCUGUGUGUCUCCUGUGACGACAGAUCCCUGUGUGUACUAUCUCCCAGUGGAAGAAGACUGCUGCCAGGCCUGGUACUAAGCCACCCUACUGCCAUCCUCCACUGUAACGGCUACCACGUCAUGGCGGUCACUACUGUGGGCAACCUGACCGUGUGGAAUGUUCAAAUUGCCAAGGUGGUCAUAAAAAAUGAAUCAUUACUUCCAAUAAUGUCAGGUGACGUGGUAAUAAAAACCUCCAGUGUGACGGAGCAGGGUGUGCCUGUCUUCAGUCUGUCCAAUGGCAAGGUCUACACCUUCAGUGUGUCAUUAGGAACAUGGUCCACUUUGUCAGAUGUCCACAGCUCCUUACAGCAGUGCUCGGACCACCAGGCCAUCAUGUCUUCCCUAAACACUUCUGCUCAGGUCAAAGGUCCCCUGGCAUCCUUACAGGGUCAAGGUCAGAGGUCAGUCAACUCUCUUUAUUCUCCAGAUUGCUAUUAUGGGUUGGAGGCCCAGUUGAGGGAAAUCUGUGAUGACCUGCUGGGUCCUGUCACCACCCAGGGUCGACUGGCCAAGGGAAGUCUGUGGGAACCUGAAGUCCUGGGUGUGUGUAAGCGGCUGUUGUUGGGGGAGGUACUUCAGGAGGUGGGCAGUAACCUGCGGCUGCAGCGGCUGUACACAGAGUACCAGGAGCAGCUGGACAUGGUGCAGACACCUGGCCAAUAAUGUUACCCUCCCUGUAUCUGCAGACACUUCUCAAUAAUGUUACCCUCCCUGUAUCUGCAGACACGGCUCAAUAAGGUUACCCUCACCGUACCUGCAGACACCUGGGCAAUAAUGUUACCCUCCCUGUAUCUGCAGACACUGCUCAAUAAUGUUCCCCCCCCUGCCCCCCUAUCUGCAGAUAUCUGCUCAAUAAUGUUACCCUCCCUGUAUCUGCUGACACCUGCUCAAUAAUGUUACCUUCCUUAUCUGCAGACACUUGCUCAAUAAUGUUACCCUCCCUGCCCCCCUAUCUGCAGAUAUCUGCUCAAUAAUGUUACCCUCCCUGUAUCUGCAGACACCUGCUCAAUAAUGUUACCCUCCAGUGUAUCUGCUGACACCUGCUCAAUAAUGUUACCCUCCAGUGUAUCUACCGACACCUGCUCAAUAAUGUUACCUUCCGUAUCUGCCGACACCUGCUCAAUUAUGUUUCCCUCCCCAUAUCUCAUAACACCUGCUCAAUAAUGUUACUCUCACCAUAUCUGAUAACACCUGCUCAAUAAUGUUACCCACACCAUAUCUGAUAACACCUGCUCAAUAAUGUUACCUUUACCAUAUCUGAUGACACCUGCUCUAUAAGGUUACCCUCCCAGUCCCCCUAUCUGCUGAUACCUGCUCAAUAAUGUUACCCUUCUCGUAUCUACCGACACCUGCUCAAUAAUGUUUUCCUCCCUUUAUCUGCAGACACCUGCUCAAUAAUGUUACCCUCAUAGAAGUUAGAAUAAUUCCAAGACUGUAAAAUAUUUGUGUAACAUGAGGAGGGCUGCCAUCAAUGUCCCUGAGAACACAUGUAACUUUUACAGGACAGGAACUGACACACUUGUAAUAUGACCAGUUUGUGAUCAUGUCAGUCUGACAGAUAGUUUAUCCAGAAGAUACUGGAAACAAAACUGUGCUAUUCAACAUAAUAGAACACAGACCCAAUAAUUUAUAUUUCGUUGUAUUACUUUAUAAUUCAUUAUUUCAUGAAGAAUUUCAAGUCAAAGCCUUUAUUCAUUUCUAGGAUACUUACAGUUAGAUCAGUGACUGUUGAUCAAACCAGCACUGCCAAAAAUAACAUUUCUUUCCAUUGAUAUAGAACCCAUAAUGAGUUGCUAUCUAAUAACUGCAAACGUAAAGUAUCUACAGUUGUUCCAGACCUUAUCAUGAUUCUUACCUGUCACAGCCUUGGAGCUGAGCUCAUCUCAAUAUUUCAUGUACUCACUCAAUAAACAACAUACUGGUAACUUAGAUGAUACCAGGAAGCUAACAGCUGU